GAAGAGACGUUAUCUGAAGAGAAAGAAAGAGAAGGAAAGAGAUCUAUACAAAGUGCCAUUCUUCUGGAACAAAGAAAAUCGGAGAUCAAACGAUAUAUCAGCCUGCACAAGAUUUAGAACGAUGCUGUCCGUACAAAGCACAAUUGCCCUGGCAUUAAUGCUCUUCGUCUUGGCGGAAUACUCGGCAGCGAUGCCGACGAUCGACAAAGACAAGGCCAGAAUUUUGAACAACGUGAAUCUGGUGGACGACGACGGCAGCAUCGACAAGGCUCUGAUGAAUUACUUAUUCACCAAACAGAUCGUGAAAUACUUCCGUAAUCAGAUGAACGUCAAUGACUUGCAGCGCAAACGGAACUUCUGGAGGCAGUGCUCCCUCAAUGCAGUGGCUUGCUUCGGUAAAUAGGCACGCAGCAAGACGGAGGAAAAAUCAGGCGAGAAAGAGAGAGAGAGAGAGAGAGAGAGAGAGAGAGAGAGAGACGCAAAGAGAGAAGAUCGUUACGUUCGCGUCAUCGCUGGAAAGUUCAGAAAACUCCCGUAACACAAUGGGAUACAUUCCAAAAUCUACUCAUUGAUUAAAGUAAGGUUGAGCUUAAAUAUGGAAUGGCUGACAUUCAUGAUUGGUAUUUAUUUCCAGAUAUAUAACGGUUAUGUUAUAUUACAUUAUUGAGUGAGAUAUUAUAAUGAAGACACAACACUUCUUAAAUAAUGUUUCCCGCGGAACACGAUCAAGCAGUAACAUUAAUAUUACAAUUUCUCACUGAACAAUAUAAAUGUAAUAUAACAUAUGUUGUAUUAUAAUUGUAUGAAUAGUUACAUUAUAGAGUAGGAAAUUGUAACAUUUAAAUGACGUUAAGA